AUGACGUUACGUGAUGCGGCCUGCCCCGUCCCUACCCGCCUCUGUCCGCUCUACUCCACUCUACUCCACUCCACUCCACUCUCACCCCCGUCACAUCCCGCUUCACUCCACUCCGCUCUCCGCCCGUCCCGCCUGCCUCGUCCCUACCCGCCCCUGACCACUAAUCCACUCCACUCCACUCUCAGCCCCGUCACAUCCCGCUCCACUCCACUCCACUCUCCGCCCGCCCCGUCCCUGACCACUUUACUCCACUCCACUCUCAGUCCCGUCACACCCCGCUCCACCCCGCUCCUCUCCACUCCGCUCCACUCCGCUCUACUCCGCUCCACUCCUCUCCACUUUCAGCCCCGUCACACCCCGCUCCACCCCGCUCCCCUCCGCUCUACUCCGCUCCACUCUCAUCCCCGUCACACCCCGCUCCACCCCGCUCCUCUCCACUCUACUCCACUCCACUCUCAGCCCCGUCACACCCCGCUCCACCCCGCUCCACUCCGCUCUACUCCGCUCCACUCCUCUCCGCUCUCAGCCCCGUCACACCCCGCUCCAGCCCGCUCCUCUCCACUCUACUCCACUCGACUCUCAGCCCCGUCACACCCCGCUCCACCCCGCUCCACUCCACUCCGCUCUACUCCGCUCCACCCCACUCCACUCUCAGCCCCGUCACACCCCGCUCCACUCCGCUCCACCCCGCUCCACUCCACUCCGCUCUACUCCGCUCCACUCCUCUCCGCUCUCAGCCCCGUCACACCCCGCUCCAGCCCGCUCCUCUCCACUCUACUCCACUCGACUCUCAGCCCCGUCACACCCCGCUCCACCCCGCUCCACUCCACUCCGCUCUACUCCGCUCCACCCCACUCCACUCUCAGCCCCGUCACACCCCGCUCCACCCCGCUCCACUCCACUCCCCCCGUCACACCCCGCUCCACCCCGCUCCACCCCGCUCCACUCCACUCCGCUCUACUCCGCUCUACUCCGCUCCGCUCCACUCCACUCUCAGCCCCGUCACACCCCGCUCCACCCCGCUCCACUCCACUCUGCUCUACUCCGCUCCGCUCCACUCCACUCCACUCUCAGCCCCGUCACACCCCGCUCCACCCCGCUCCCCUCCACUCUCCUCCACUCCACUCUCAGCCCGCCCAGCCUGCGCCGUCCCUACCCGCCCCUGUCCGCUCUACUCCACUCUACUCCACUCCACUCCACUCCACUCCACUCUCAGCCCCGUCACAUCCCGCUCCACUCCACUCCGCUCUCCGCCCGUCCCGCCUGCCUCGUCCCUACCCGCCCCUGACCACUAAUCCACUCCACUCCACUCUCAGCCCCGUCACAUCCCGCUCCACUCCACUCCACUCUCCGCCCGCCCCGUCCCUGACCACUUUACUCCACUCCACUCUCAGUCCCGUCACACCCCGCUCCACCCCGCUCCACUCCACUCCGCUCCACUCCGCUCUACUCCGCUCCACUCCUCUCCACUUUCAGCCCCGUCACACCCCGCUCCACCCCGCUCCACUCCACUCUACUCCACUCCACUCUCAGCCCCGUCACACCACGCUCCACCCCGCUCCCCUCCACUCUACUCCACUCCACUCUCAGCCCCGUCACACCCCGCUCCACCCCGCUCUACUCCGCUCCACCCCACUCCACUCUCAGCCCCGUCACACCCCGCUCCACCCCACUCCACCCCGCUCCACCCCGCUCCACCCCGCUCCACCCCGCUCCCCUCCACUCGCAGAUGCUGGGCCGCCUACAUGCUACUUCAUAGAGGACCCUCUCCUGGCCCACACGCGUGGACAAGUAUUAAAUGGUAUUGAAAUCCAUUGUGAAGUUCGUUGCACCACUGAUUUACUUUACGCCUGA